AUGCCAUCACUAGGAGCUCCGUUCUACUCGUCCAACGCCGCGACCGCUCAUAACCAGAGCCUCCCCACGCUCCCUGGCUUGACCGCACAGCCUCCACAUUCAUCACCCCAUCAGUCUGCUCAAAGGCCAGCGACGUCCGAAGCCGGCCCUGGCGCGCAAACUCACCAGGGUCCUCAAGGCCCAUCAUAUCCGCUGCCCGGCAUCUCACAAACUCUCCAACAGCAACAACCACACAUGGCGUCAUCAGAGCAGGCAAACGCCGACAGGGAGCGAGAAUUGCGUGAGCGCGAGCAACGGGAACGUGAUAUCAUGGAGUCGCACCUGGUACAACAGCACGCCCAGCAGCAGCAGCAGCAGCAGCAGCAGCAGCAGCAAGAAGAGCACAUCAAGCGCGAAGCAGAACAGCGCGACAGGGAACAUCACGAGCGGCAACAGCGCGAACAGGCUGCUCACCAGAACCAUUCCGGGCCUAUUCAGAUCCACCAGCCAGUCGCCGUGGCUCCAUCGACACGCACGAUACAUGGGCCGAACGGGCUGCUUGGGCAAGCAGGGCCGUUGGCUGGGCCAAAUCCUCUAGGCGCGCCCAUGGGGAAUGCGCCCGCCGCUGGACCUAUGUACGCAAACGCGCCCGCUCAGCACGAACAGAACACGCCGCGAAUGCAGCAUGCUGCGCCGCCACCACCGGCCCAGCCUCAGAUGUUGAUGCCGUUCAAUGCUCCGGCAGUAACCAUGGGAAUGGGUCAGGGCCAGCAGCCGAUCCUCAACGACGCAUUGAGCUAUCUUGACCAGGUCAAAGUCCAGUUUGCCGACCACCCAGAUGUGUACAAUCGAUUCCUGGACAUCAUGAAAGAUUUCAAGAGCGGCGCCAUCGAUACGCCCGGCGUGAUCGAGCGCGUAUCGACACUGUUCGCGGGCAACCCGAACCUCAUUCAAGGCUUCAACACAUUCCUACCACCGGGCUAUAAGAUCGAGUGCGGCACAAACGGUGAUCCAAAUGCCAUAAGAGUUACGACCCCAAUGGGGACCAUGAUGUCUUCAAUGCCUGCGCCGCGACCGCUUUCCCCACCACGAAGCAGCGCUGUAAAUGGCAAUACUGCGCCUCCGCACGAGGGCACGUACUAUGAGACCCCGCAAGGCCGACCCUGGCCUCAGCAGCCAAGACCGCAAGGUCCUGAAGGACAAGAGAGUAUGUUUACCCCCAACAACCGCAGCCUCGGACAAGCGCUAUAUGGUCCGCAAGGAGGUCCUCCAGGUCCAGCGCCGCUGUCACCAGAGGUCAAUACACGUCCGCAUCCUGACCAAGUAGGUAAUGCUGCCACCAUCGCGCACCAACAAGAGCAACGAGGUGUUUCCCAACUCCAGAAUGCCGUUUCAGCUGCCACGGGACGAUCCAUACUGUCUCCGAGCAUGGAGAAUGCCACUCCUGCCCUUGGCCAGGUGUUGAACGGCGUCGCUCCCGGAGCCCAACUCGGCGGUGUAGGCGCAGAGAAGCGAGGUCCCGUCGAAUUCAAUCAUGCUAUAAGCUACGUGAACAAGAUCAAGAAUCGCUUCGCCUCACAACCCGACAUCUACAAACAGUUCUUGGAGAUACUACAAACGUACCAACGCGAGUCAAAGCCCAUCCAGGACGUUUACGCCCAGGUCACGACGCUGUUUGGCGGGGCGCCAGAUCUUCUCGAGGACUUCAAGCAGUUUCUACCUGAAUCUGCUGCUCAUCACAGGGCCCAGCAGCAACAGGCUGCAAGGCACGCCGAGGACGCAGUCAUGCUAACCAACGUUCGUAAUGAGAACGGUUAUGGCCAGGCACCUAACAAUCAGCAAACUCCGCGCGCCGACACUUCUCGCCUGCCUCCCAUGGGCAACUUUGCGCCCACGCCGACUGCGAACCGCGACAACAAGCGGAAACGUGAGCGUCAGGGACCAGUCGCUGCUCCAAUGCCUGCGCCGAUGCCCCAAGAGGCACCAACAUCAAAUGUGCGUGGCUCUUACGGACAGAGCAGUGUCAACAAGCGAGCAAAGACUGGUCACGCUGCGAAGCAGGCGAUUCCUGAUGGUCCGCCCGUUUCCCCGACUUUGACGCCUGCACUCCCGGAGCCAAUGCCCCCGACAACGACGACCUCUCCGAGCCAAGACGAGCUCGCGUUCUUCGACCGCGUCAAGAAGUUCAUUGGAAACAAGAACACUAUGAACGAGUUCUUAAAGCUUUGCAAUCUAUUUUCGCAAGACUUGAUCGACAAACAACUCUUGAUUUACCGCGCCCAAUCGUUCAUCGGUGGCAACCAGGAACUGUUUGCUUGGUUCAAGAAGUUCAUGGGCGAUGAUGAGGAGCAGCAGAAGUCGCGCCCCAAGACAGUUAACUCCAGGGUCUCGUUAUCGAACUGUCGCAGCCUUGGUCCGAGCUACCGACUACUGCCUAAGCGCGAGCGCGAGCGGCUCUGCAGCGGACGCGACGAACUUUGCAAGUCUGUAUUGAACGACGAGUGGGCUUCGCAUCCCACUUGGGCCUCGGAAGACUCUGGGUUCGUCGCUCAUCGCAAGAACACAUUCGAAGAAGCUCUGCAUCGGAUUGAAGAGGAACGCCACGAUUACGACUUUAACAUUGAGGCCUGCGCAAAGACCAUUCAACAGCUCGAGCCCAUUGCCAGCCAGCUCCUCACUAUGAAGCCUGAGGAUAGGCAGCAUUUCACUCUACCACCUGGUCUUGGUGGUCAAAGCGAGACCAUCUACAAGCGCGUCAUCAUGAAGAUUUACGGCCGCGAGAAGGGCAGAGACGUCAUCAAAGAGAUGUUCAACAUCCCAUGGAACGUGGUACCUGUGCUACUACAUCGCUUGAAGUGCAAACUUGAAGACUGGAAAGCUGCACAGCGUGAGUGGGAAAAGGUCUGGCGGGAUCAGACCCAGAAGAUGUUCUGGAAGUCUCUUGAUCACCAAAGCAUCACUGUCAAGACGACCGACAAGCGCCAAUUCCAGCCGAAGUCCCUCCAAAAUGAGAUCCAGGUCCGCUAUGAGGAGCAGAAGCGUAUGCAAACCAUACAGGAGGUCUCACAACCAGACUAUCAGUUCUUAUUCUCCUUCAAGGAUGAGGAUGUUCUGAUAGACGUGGCUCGUCUGAUGGUCUCCUUUGCGGAUAGCAACACUGGCUCAGACUUUUCGAAGACCAUUCCUUUCGUAAAAGAGUUUGUUCCCCUCUUCUUUGGCAUCGACGUACAGAAGUUCGAGCAGAGAGUGCACAUGUCUGGACAGAAUACGCCCAACGACUCCGGUGACGACACACCUAGUCCUGACGAUGACGCGUCACAACGUGGGAAGAUCAAGAAGGGUGACCUUCGUCGCGACGUACUUGAUCCCCGCAGCAAGUCUCGUAAAGACAAAGAAGAAAGCGUCGCAUCAGCCAGUAGAGACAGCACACCCGAGAUGGCUUCUGGAAUAGAAGACGAAGCGGCCGGCGACAGCUCCAACUCGAACCCUCGUGGUGAGCGGCCAACAAGCAACUGGGUCGAGUACUCAGCUAUGCCAACUGCAUUUGGCGACAAAGAGUUUGAGCAUGAAGAGCCUUACCGCCGUGUUGAGUACAAUAUGUACGCCAACGGAUCCAUUUACUGCUUCUUCAGGAUGUUCGUCUACCUAUACGAGAGGCUAUUGAAACUCAAGGAGAGCGAAGACGAUGUGCGUCGCAUCAUCAACCGCGCGAAAGAACCAAAAGCUGCACAGAAACUGAAGAUGCUUGACAAGCAGCCAGAGGAUUUCUUCAAGGACACUUCUGCGUCCGCCAACUACUACCAGCAGGUGCUUGACAUGUUGCACGAUCAGAUCGUGAACGAGGUAGACAUGAACUUCAUCGAAGAAGUCCUGCGCCGAUACUACCUCCAGGUUGGCUGGCAAUUAUACUCGUUUGACAGGUUGAUCAUCUCUCUUGUGCGCUUUGCUCUUACUGUGGUCAGCCAUGACAGCAAGGACAAGAGCCUGGACAUCUACAACCUGUUUAGGAAGGACCGUGUCAACGAUACCACGACACACAAGAACGAGAUCAGCUACAGAAAAGCUGUCGAGAAGUACGCGAAAGAUGCCGAUACCUACCGCAUCACUUAUGAUCCGGCGAAGGCAGAAGCCACCGUACGUCUGUUCAAGAAGGACGAUCCCACCUUCGAAUUCAGUACGCUUGACCGUAUCAAGCGCUGGCGAGCGUACAUCGCAUCAUUCAUGGCUGUCGAACCAACCGAGGAGGUUGACGGCAGCCGCGUGCGAUACCCUUACCUCAAGAAGCGCCUUGCCAAGACCGAAGAUUUCUCCGAAGACGAUCGUAUCGAUCACGUCAAGCACAGUGACAAGAUUACGAUUUCUAUCAGUCCUGCUGGCUACACCAUGUCCUUCAUCAACAGCGAGCCUUUUGGCACUGGCGGCGUUCAGUACUUCCUCCAGCCUGACAGUGUGCGUGCCGGCCUUACCGCCAGCGUGACCAAGCCCGUCGAGGAGUUCAAGGCCCUUAACGACUCCCGACGCGACCGCGUACAAGAAAAGCUCGUCCGCAACAACUCAUGGAUGAAGGACCUGAGCCGCGAGGACGUCGACGCGAAGAAGGCGGCUUUCAAACAGGAUCUCGAAACCGCCAAGACCCAGGAGGAUGACGACGUUGACAUGGAGGAGGCUUAG